AUGGCUACGAGUUCCUCUAACCCGCCUUUCUCCGCCCUGGACUCUCAGAUUGCCCAGCUGGAGCUUCAAGUUAGUACUUUGAAGUCACAAGCCCUCCAGCUGAAAGGUCGCCGAAACGAUUUGGCGCCAAUUUCCCGGCUCCCCAACGAAGUCCUUUGCAGGAUCGCCAUCGAAUACAAACGGAGCACACCUUUGGUACUCAGAAUUGCUCGAAAGCCCUAUAGAGAGCUGGGUUGGCCCAUCGUUACUCACAUCUACCGUAGAUGGAGGCACGUAUGCCUAAAUCAUCCCCAGCUAUGGGCGGACAUCAAGUCUUCUGAUCCCCUCCCCUGGACUGCAACAAAGUUGGGGUUGUCAAGGAAUGUACCUCUAUCGCUCAAGUGGGUCCGCCCGAUGGAACAGCCCGUCACGGUAGUAGUGCAAGAGCGGGGAAACUCCUCCGAGUCGCAGAGUUCGGAUCAAUGGGAAAACCUCCUCCAUCGCGCCACCUCAGACGCCCGUCGACUGAGAGAGGUCGCAUUUUACGGCCCACUCACCUUCCUAAACUCGAUGGUUAAUCGCAUGGCAGCCACGACCCAUGGCGUUCCCAAUCUCCGCUGCCUUUCACUGCGUCACAAUGACGUUUUCGAUUCACUCAGGCACUUCCUGUCAGUUCCCGACGACGAUCUUGCUUUGAUUCCCAAGGCAGCAUCGGUAAAGUUGGAUGCCCCAGAAUUAAGGCAGCUCAUUCUCUGGAAUUGCAACCCCAGAAUAAACUCAAUUCCCUUCCAUAACUUGACCGACCUCUCCCUUCACUUGGCCAGAUGCCGCAAACCAUUGUCUUCGGUGGAGUUCAUGGAGAUGCUGAAGGAGGCACAGUCUCUUGUGACUGUAGAUUUGCAGCAAUCUCUCCCCGACCAUUACGACCAUACCACCACGGAAUUCCCUCCUAUGACCGUCACUCUGCCUUGUGUCGAAUUCAUUCGUGUCGGCGACGAGUACCGACGGUGUAUCACCUUCCUCCAACAUAUCCGACUCCCGUCCUCCGCGUCAGUCGAGCUUAAUUGCACGAUCGGCGGACGCGGGGAUGGACAUGAGGCCAUUGACUCUGACCUCUGCCCAACUCUCUCGUCCCUGUGGAUGUCCCAACCCGACUCUUCGCUGCAAAGCUUCAAGUUACCCGUAGCAUCAAUGGCGAUCAGGCACUGGCAAAGUGGUCGCUUUCUGGAGAACCAUUUCUGGUGCAUCGGAUUCUCUACAGAAAAACAAGAUUUACCGCACCUAUCAAAAGUCAGAAGAAGUGUCAGUACGCCCCCUGGCAGGAGCCCUCCAAAGGCUGACUUCAAGCUUUGCAUCGCCUUUGGGACACGUGGACGCGGCGACCAAGCGGUAGAAGAUUUCUUGCACCACGGUCUAUUCGACCUCACCAGUCUCCAAUCCCUCCAUUUGGAUUUGCAAGCAGAACCAGACGCUGUCACAUACCUGGGUUCAAGCGCCCUCUUGGAGGAGGUAGCCCUCAGAUCUGGAUAUGCUUCGGCUUGGUUUAUCAAAUGGCUGACAAGCGACCCAUUGCUUUGGCCUGACGACGAGUCUUCGACGACGAGCGUCCAUACUGCGAUCCGACUGCCAAGGCUAAGGACUCUCCACCUCGAUUGCGAUUUCAAUCCAGCACCUCAGAACCACCGAUUUCAAUACACCGAGGAAGAGGAGAAAGGGGAGGAGGAGGUCAUCCCAGUUACCAUUGGAAACUUGCUCUGGGUCUUGGAAAAUCGAGCCAAGCACGGACACCAACCAGAGGAAAUCGUGCUAUACAACGGACGAAAGGUGGUUCUGGACGAGGACUUAGAGUUCAUGACCAGUUUGGGAUCGUCUGUUCGUCUCCAUGAAGGAGUCCAUGAAGGAUGA